AGCCACAUCCAUGCUGUUACCGAGGUCUGUUGUCUCUUCCCUGUCCCUGUCCCCAUCCCAACUUCGACGACCUUAAUUCACGUAUAUCAUGGUGGCCGUUAUUGCAUGUGAAACAACUGAUUUCUGCCAGUGCACUGCUCUGCAAUGCAGAGGAAACUUCUACUUCGACUCUUCAUUCAGUCAUUACACGACUCGGAUGUUAUGGAGAGAUACACUUCCCCCCCGUGUGCCCUCAGGGCGGACAUGGACUGCCACCGGACAACACAUCCAUUCCGGCGACACAAGAGGUGGGCUGCGAUACUAUGCAGAUCUCGAAUUCUAUGCUCGUCUACUUUCUUUCCUCCUCUCCUCGGCUCAUGAUCUUCUCGCGGCUCCCGGCGUUUGCAUUGCAUUGUUACGGGGCGGAUCCACGCACUGUCGGCGCCAUUCUUCAGCUCCGUGCCUGUUGAAUUGCUAGGUUCUGAUACUCAGCAGAGGCACGACCAACAUAGACCUCCUUUCUCUUCUCUCGUCUUCCCCUAAACCUCCUCUCAGUUUCUUCCAACCUCCUCUUCGUGGUUCUUCGUCCUCUUCUUCCCUCAACCAUGACCGAGCCAAUUCCUGGCCCGCCAGGGCUUCCAUUACUUGGAAAUAUCAAUGAUGUUGAUGCUGCAGAUUCUAUGGCAAGUCUUCGCAGACUGGCAGAUACAUAUGGCCCAAUUUACAAACUCACCCUCGGGGGCAGCGAGAAAGUCUUCAUAUCCACCCACGAGCUCAUGAACGAAGUAUGCGACGAGAAACGAUUCACGAAAAUGGUAUCGGGUGCCCUUGACGAGAUUCGAAACGGUGUACACGACGGUUUGUUUACAGCAUACCCUGGAGAACAUAAUUGGGAAAUAGCGCAUAGAGUUUUGAUGCCAGGUAGGGAGCCUUCACGUUGAGCUCGAGGACUGGGCUAAUAAAGACAGCAUUUGGGCCGCUCUCUAUUCGAUCCAUGUUCGACGAAAUGCAUGAUAUUGCUUCUCAACUAGUCGUCAAGUGGGCUAGAUUUGGGCCGAAGGAGAAGAUCAACGUUCCAGAUGACUUUACGAGGUUGACUUUAGAUUCAAUCGCUCUCUGUGCUAUGGAUACCCGAUUCAACAGCUUUUACCAGGAGGCCAUACAUCCUUUCGUUGAUGCUAUGGUUGGACUCUUACAGGAAUCUGCGGCGAGGGCGAGGCGACCAGCAGUCGCAAACUACUUCUACAGAUCUGCCCAGCAGAAAUACGACACGGAUAUCGCUCUUUUGAAGAAAGUGGCUGCGGAAGUGGUAGCAGAGAGGAGGAUACGCCCAAGCGAUAAGAAAGAUUUGCUUAAUGCCAUGAUAAAUGGUCGAGAUCCAAAGACUGGCGAAGGUCUGACAGAGGAAAGCAUCCUCAACAAUAUGAUUACAUUUUUAAUUGCUGGCCACGAAACUACGAGCGGCAUGCUUUCGUUCUUGUUCUACUACCUCUUGAAGAAUCCAGCAGCAUACCAGGCAGCACAGCGCCAGGUCGACGAAGUUGUUGGAAGAGGUCCAAUUACAGUGGAUCAUAUGUCGAAGCUUCCCUAUAUUGAAGCAUGCCUUCGAGAGACUUUACGACUCACUCCUACUGCUCCUGCGUUCACACUUCAGCCACUCCCAGACUCACCGGAUGAGUAUAUCAUCCUCGGUGGCAAAUAUCAGGUGAAAAAAGGGCAAUCAAUCAUCGCUCUUCUAGGCUCAAUUCAUCGAGAUCCCGCAGUCUUUGGCUCCGACGCCGAAGCCUUCAAACCAGAGAGGAUGCUUGAUGAAGAAUUCUCCAAACUUCCCAAUAACAGUUGGAAGCCGUUUGGGAAUGGGAUGCGAGGCUGCAUUGGACGACCAUUUGCUUGGCAGGAGGCGAUUCUGACGACUGCGAUGUUGCUCCAAACUUUUAAUUUUCGGCAGGAUGAUCCAAGCUAUUCUCUGCAAAUCAAGCAGACCUUGACUCUGAAACCUAAGGACUUCUACAUGCACGCUUCGUUGCGAGAGCAUAUCGAUCCUGUCUACCUUGAAAAGAUGCUUCAUGUAGAUACAUCCAAUGAGGCCAAAGCACAGGUCAAGACUAGAGGCAUCGAUAAUACAUCAACUGGCAAGUUCAAGAAGCCUAUGACAAUCUUGUACGGAUCGAAUGCUGGUACAUGUGAGGCUCUAGCCCAAAGCUUGGCAAGGAUGGCUCCUGGUCGUGGCUACCACGCUCAAGUUGAGCCUCUAGACAGUGCAGUUGACAAGGUGCCAACGGACCAGCCAGUUGUCCUCAUUUCCUCGAGCUACGAAGGGCAACCUCCUGACAAUGCAGCACACUUCUUUGAAUGGCUUCAGAACUUAGAAGGUCCAGUACUCAAGGGUGUCAAAUAUGCAGUCUUCGGCUGCGGAAAUCAUGAUUGGGUUUCAACCUUUCACCGAGUUCCGAAAGUCCUCAACUCUACAUUCGAAGCUCACGGCGCGACUCGAAUUGCUGGCAUGGGUCUCGGUGAUGUUGCAGCUGGUGAUAUUUUCAACGACUUCGACAAGUGGCAGGAUGAUCAGUUGUGGUCUGCUCUUGGAAGCAAUGUAGAGCCCGAGGAAGAAAUCGGCCUGGAAAUUGAUAUUGAUACAGGCUCGAGACGAUCAAAGCUGCGACAGGACGUCAAAGAGGCGGUCGUCAUGAGCAAUCGGAUAAUUACCAAAGGUGGAGAACCCGAGAAGCGCCAUAUUGUCUUGAACCUCCCUACCGGCAUGACCUACAAAGCCGGUGAUUAUCUCGCUGUACUCCCAAUGAACAAUUCCAGAAACAUUCGCCGAGUCCUGAAGUGGGCUCAUCUACCGUGGGAUACAAUGCUCACAAUCAGAGACGGAGCAAACACUACACUCCCUACGGGUCACCCGAUAUCAAUGAUGGACAUAUUGGGUAUGUACGUGGAGCUCAGCCAACCGGCAACACGCAAGAAUAUUGCACGGAUUGCUGCAUCUUGUGCGGACGAGAAUAUUCGGUCUGAAAUCUCAGCACUGGCAGGCGAGAAGUUUGAGCAAGAAAUCCUCGCGAAACGACGAUCUCCGCUCGAUAUACUUGAAGACUACCCCAAUGCCGCCCUACCACUUGGUGAUUUCCUAGCGAUGCUUCCGCCCAUGCGGAUUCGCCAGUACUCGAUUUCGUCGUCUCCUCUUGCAGAUCCCACUACUGCCACAAUAACAUGGUCCGUUCUCGACACCCCGUCAAAAGCAGCGGGCUCCAAGAGAUUCCUGGGAGUCGCUUCGAAUUACCUCUCUAGUGUUGAAGAGGGAGAUAGAAUUCACGUGGCAGUCAAGCCUAGCCAUGGCAACUUCCACCCGCCUGCUGAUAUCGAAAACACUCCCGUGAUCAUGUUCUGCGCAGGGACAGGCCUGGCUCCAUUCCGAGGAUUCGUCGAGGAGCGAGCUAUGCAGAUCCAAGCAGGUCGCAAGCUUGCUGCGGCAUAUCUCUUCAUAGGCUGUGCCCACCCGGAAAAGGAUGCAUUGUUCAGCGACGAACUGGCACAAUGGGAGAAGGACGGAGUGGUGAAGCUGUACUACGCUUUCUCCAAGUCAAGUUCCGACAGCAAGGGGUGUCGCUACGUCCAGGAUAGGCUGUGGGAGGAGCGGGAAGAGAUGAUCAAGGUUUUUAAUGAGGGGGCGUCGUUGUAUGUUUGUGGGAGUAGCAUGGUUGGCGAGGGGGUUGCAAGCACCACGAAACGCAUUUACCAGGAAGCGGCGGAGGGGUUGGGGAAACCGAAGACGGAUGAUGAGGUCGAGACUUGGUUUGCGGGGAUCAAGAAUGAUCGAUAUGCGAGUGAUGUUUUUGUCUGAGACUGGGUACCAGCUUUCAAGAGACUGGGCGUUCAAAGGGGAGUUCAUUUAGAAUGAGAAGGGUAUUUGUCUGGAGUCCGAAAAGCAGGUUUAGAUAUAGAUUCCAGAAAAUGAAAUGAGGGUUGGUGACCGGGUUCCUUGCUCGAGAUUGCCUGUCGAUGAGAUGCUUGUCUUCGUAGAUCGCUCGGGUCUGUAUGGCAGCUUUACUAGCCAUGGUUUAUCAAUUUGAGGAUUUGUGUUUUUGGGUAUUUACUGAGAUAUUAUCUAGAGGUGGGAAUAUUCAUUCCUACUGUUCUUCCACGAGCGGGACAUCAAUUCCUUUUAAAUUCUUACCCGCCAAGUCUCGCAGUCUCGUAAGGUUAAUAACGAUCCGCC